ACCGCACGUUUUCGUGAAAUGAUCUGUCAAAAUUUGUAAAUAUGUUGUUUUAACGGCUACUAUAACAUCCAGAUUGCUUGUUUUCCUUAAGACAACACUUCACAGAGUUAUCUUAUUUCUUUAUACUGCAUACAGUGUUUUGUUUCAUUUAUGUUCGAUAUAAUUGUCGUGUAGAUUGCCAAUAUGUUUCAAAAAACCAUUUCGAGUGAAAACACAGACUGCCAUCAAAGGCUCUGACAGGAAACGGCUGAGGGCUGAUCUAGGUAAGCUAUAUCCAAGCCUCUCAUCUGAUGACCUGACAGCCAUGGUUCCUCAGAAAGAGGAAAUGUCGAUGGCUAAAAUCAGCACCCAUGGUGGACAAACAGCUGUAGUCUAUUGUGUUCAGAAGAACCCCAUCUUCUUUGAUCUGUAUGGCAAGAUCUACCCAACAGUUUACACGAUGUGGAAGUAUCCUGACUUCCUGCCUCUGUUCACAACAUGGCCACCAGUGUUCAAGAAACUGGCAGGAGGGGCAGAUUUGAUGUUGCCAGGCGUUGUAGUCAAAGGGCAGGUAACUCUUUCAACAUUUGGGAAGAUGGCCAAGGGAGCCAUGUGUGCUGUCAGCUUAGUUGGCAACAGGGCCCCUGUUGCGGUGGGGAACGCUUGUCUGUCAGGGGAAGACAUGUACUUGUCGGCUAUGAGGGGCAAGGGUGUUGAGAUUGUUCACAUCCUGGGAGACCAGUUGUGGGAGUUUGGUGAUCAGUCCAGUCCCCCAGACCUAGGAGAUGAUGUGUUUACGGAGCUGCUGGGAGAAGCCCAGCAAGAUGACAGUGAUGGUGAAGCAGAGGAAGCAUCAGUGUCUCAGACUGCUGAGGUAGCUCAGGGAGUGGAGGAUCUCACUUUAGACAACUGUGACCCUGAACCAGGAGGAGACAACUCUGGUGGAGCAACGGGCGGCAUGGAAGAAGAGUCAAGGGACUCAGUAGAGGUAAUGGAUGAACGAUUAAGAACUUGUUGCCUUUGUGCCCUGAAGUCUAAAGUCAAGAAGAGUGACCUCCCUUUGUUAACCAGUGCCUUCUUCAAAAACUUCAUGCAGCCAUUUUGUCCAGCUGGUCAGUCUCUUGAUGUGAAAAAGUCAAGUUUUAAAAAGUUGUCCAAGUUCCUGCAACAUAUGCAGAAGCAGGGUCUGUUGAAGACGAAGGAGUUGUCCAAGGGAGCUGACAGCAUAGUGGAGAUAGACAAGUCUCAUCCUGGCUUGAAGGAUGUACAAGUCCCUGAUAUAGUGACAGAGGUACCGGCACCUGCAAGACAGGAGGGUGAAUACCAGCCCCCCAAGAUUACAGAGAUGUUCUCAGUGACCUCAGCUGUGCUGCCCAUCUUCAAGAGUCAGGGAUACAAUAAAAGCCAUGCCUUGUCAGCUCCUGAUGUGCGGAAGGAAGUCACAGAGUAUGUCAAGGCAAACAAUCUACAAGAUGAAGAAAGGAAAAGUCAUGUCCUGCUGGAUCCAGAUCUUGCCCACAUUUUACUGACCAAGCAAGAAGGAGACUUGUCCCAUCUCAAGUGGGAUGACCUGUUUUCUAGGGUUGUGGACCGGAUGCAGCCAGCUUUCCAGCUAGAGUUUCCUGGCAAGCCUCCAGUGUUGAGGAAAGGAAAGAUUGAGCCAAUCAAACUCAGCGUGGAGCAGAGGGCAUCCAAUAAAAAAGCAACCAUAGUUGACAACCUGGAGGAUUUUGGCAUCGAUCCAGCAGCUUUUGCCCACACCGUCCAGAAGAGUGUGUCCUGUAGCUCGUCCGUGAUACCGCAUCACCAGAAGAACAAGGGCAUGCAAGUGUUGGUGCAGGGAAACCAGAUUGCCUUCAUUGCAGACCUACUGCUAGACAAAUACAAGGUGCCAAGGAAGUAUGUUCAAGGACUGGAAAAAGCACCAAAAAAUAAACGAAGAUGAUAUAUUUUAUAACUAGUAAUGGAAUAAAGAGAUUAAAUUAUGCACUU